AUGUCGUCGGUCCAAGCAGACAAACAGACAGAAGAACCAUUAGAUUUGAUUAGAUACCAACUCGAUGAAACUGUGUUGGUGAAAUUAAGAGGUGCUAGAGAAAUGAAGGGAAAAUUACAAGGUUAUGAUUCCCAUUGUAAUAUGGUUUUAAGUGAUGCUAAAGAAUAUAUCUAUAAUGAAACUGGGGAACCAAUAGUGAAGGAUUGUGAAAUGGUGUUCAUUCGUGGAGAUUCCGUUAUUUUAAUCAGUCCUAUAUCGUAA